AUGUUGAUAUUGCCGAUUACGAGGAUAGUAGAAUACUCAGAAUUUCUAUAUAUGAUACGAAAGACGGGUCCCGAAACAAGAAGAUUAAAAAAAGUUGAUCUAUAUAUAAAAGCUAUUAAUCAAGAUGAUGAAUAUGCUGAAGACUAUUCAAUCAUACAAGAAAUAAACGAAGUAGAUGAUACUUCAAUCACACAACAAAUAGACGAAUUGAAAGAGGAGAUAGCUAGAGAAAAAAGUGGACAAGGUAUAACGUUUUUAUCCGAUAAUAAUGAAGAAUUGCUUAAUAGAUUAGAAAUAAUAUUAGCAGCCAUGAAAGAAGGUCAUCGUUCAGACAGACAAUAUAAUGAAGUAAAUUGUAUAUUAAAUAGACUCCCCGAGAAAGGUAUCAUAGAUUAA